AUGGCGGAGAAGAAGGAGAUGAGCUUUGCUCACAUCCCAAACAACACGAACAGCAGAUGGUGGAAGGACCCAUGCCUCCGUAUCAAUGUCUUCCACUGCAUCGGCCUCUACUUCUGCGUCUUCUACCUAGGCUACGAUGCAUCUCUGCUUAACGGCCUACAAGCCAUGGACCAGUGGAAUGACUACUUCAACUCACCCAGCGGAAACACCCUCGGCCUCAUCAGCGCAAGUCUGUUCCUGCCAGCCAUUGUGACGCCAUACAUGGCUUCGUAUGUCAGCGAUCACUUCGGCCGGAAGAUGUCUCUGGCAGCUGGCUCGCUUCUCCUGAUUCUGGGAGCCUUCAUCAACGCCUUCGCUACCAACCUUGGUAUGUUCAUCGCUGGGAGAGUGCUCGUGGGUGCCGCUGGCCCCUUUGGGAAGAUCACGGCGAUUGCAUUGUUGCAUGAGAUUGCACAUCCAAGACUACGUCCGAUCGUUGCAACAUCCUUCUACUGUAAUUAUUACAUUGGAUCGACAGCCGCAGCGUGGUUCUGUUAUGGGUCAUUGCAAUGGGGAGAUACCACAUGGUCUUGGAGGGCACCGUGCCUGUUCCAGAUCAUGGCGCCCCUUAUUGUCCUGGUCUACCUCUUCUUCAUACCAGAGUCCCCUCGCUACCUCAUCCGCCACGACAAGACCGAGAAAGCCCUCGACAUCCUUGCUCGAUACCACGCGAACGGCAGCACAGACGACGAGCUCGUAGCUUUCGAAUACCGAGAGAUCUGCCACGCCAUACAGAUCGAAGAAGAAGGCAAACGAACCAACUAUCUGGACUUCACCAAGACCCCUGGAAAUCGCAGGAGGCUGCUCGUCAUCCUCACGUUGGCCACUGGCACGAACUGGAUCGGCAACUCAGUAAUAUCCUACUAUCUCGCCCCCGUCCUCGAACUCGUCGGUAUUACGGACGCUCUCGACAUCAGCGGCAUUAACGGCGGUCUAGCAGUCUGGAACUUCUUCCUCGCAUAUGCCGGGUCGAUUAACGCCGAGCGGGCUGGCCGCCGUGGACUGUUCCUCAUCUCUACCAUCGGCAUGCUGGCCUCCUACGUGGUCAUUACCGGCCUCUCGGGUAGUUUUGCUCAGACGAACAGCGCGGGGGUCGGGAUUGCUGUGGUGCCGUUCUUGUUCAUCUUCUACGGGUUUUAUGAUGUUGGGUGGACGCCGUUGCCGUUCUCAUACACCGCGGAGAUCUUGCCAUACCACCUCCGCUUGAAGGGUCUCGGAAUCUUGCUCUCGGUGCAGAACGUUGCUCAAGCAUUCAACCAAUGGGUUAAUCCAGUCGCACUCGACGCUAUAGCUUGGAAGUACUACAUCGUCUACAUUGUUCUCCAAUGCGUCUACCUAGCCCUCAUCUACCUCUUCUUCCCCGAGACGAGACGCCUAAGCAUAGAAGAAGUCUCUGUAAUCUUCGACACCGGCCGCAAAGGCAACGCCGCCGCCGCUGCCGCCACGUUCCAGGAGGACAAGACGGUCGACGCCGGUGUACCUUCCGAAGGCGUGGAAAAGAGCGCCAUCACUGGGGUCGAAAAGUACAGCUCAUAG